AGAUAUUUAGAAAGCUCACUCAAGAGAGAGAAAGAAAAAUCAAAUCCCAUUUUCAAAAUCAUGACCGCCGGCGACAAUUCCGCGACGGCGCUCCGCCGUAAAAGAAUCAUCCGACUUCUUCGUUGUUUCAUCGUCGGAGCCAUACUCCACAUACCAAUUGUAAUAAUCUUUUCCUUCACAAUUUUAAAAGUCCGAAAUCCAAAAAUCCAACUUGAAUCCGUCGCCGUCGAAACCCUAACCGUCAAUUCCUCCUCCAAUUCCUUCUCCAUGACCCUUAACGCUAAAAUUACAGUCAAGAACACCAAUUUCGGGCCGUUUAAGUACGACAACUCGACGGCGGUUUUGUCGUACAGAGAAAAACCGGUCGGCGUGGUCGGUAUAAAUGGUGGGCAGGCCGGUUUACGUUCGACGAAGAAGGUGGAUGUGGUUAUAACAGUUAUGUCGUCGGAGGAGAUGAUCGGAGAUGAUUUGUAUUCCGGGAAGGUGACGUUGACGGCGGAAGCGACGGUGGAAGGUAAAGUGGUGAUUUUGUGGUUUAUGAAAAAGAAGAAUAAAUUGGUUGGAUUGAAUUGUACUAUGGAUUUCAAUAUCGUCGCUAAAUCUGUCGACGGUUUGCUCUGUAAUUGAUCGCCGGCGAUGUCUUCUUCUUUCCUUAUCUUUUCUAUUUUCAGAUGGAAUUGGGAUUAGUACUUUUUUUUCUUUUUCUUUUUAUUUAAUCUUGUAAUUUUAAUUUAUAUAUAAUAAGAUUCAUACUGAAUUAAUUUUUAA